GCACGGGUCUCGAUGGAAAACAAGACCCUGGGAUCCAGAGGAAUCGUCUUCUGGACAAAGUUGAUAUUCGCGACGCGUUUGAGACGCAAACGUCGCGGAGGAUUCUUCCCUCCGGCGGAGGAUUAACGUCACGAUGGAGGAAAACAGGGACUCAGUCAACGACCCUGGAUUCCUCCUCGUCAUGUGACCGCCUCUGACCAAUCGGAGCGCACGAAAGGAAGCGGACGGUUCUAGCUUUGUUCGGAUUUUCAUGCAACUUUGUCCCCAAAGUGAGCUCGAAUCCCGGCGCACAUUGGCCCGUGGGGGCGCGGAUCUACCGGAGGGGACGUUUUUAUUUGAAAGGAGGAAACGCGGAAGUUGUAUUUAUAUUUUUUGCGCAGUGCCACGUGUUCAGGUUUGACGAAGAGUGCGCUGCUGCGUCACAUGACUCCCCUCCCCCACCGGCAGCAGAGGAGGAAGAAGGCGGCGGACAUGUUGGAGGGAAAUGUGCUGGUUAAAGAGAAUCCAGCUGGAAGACGAGAAGAUUAUUUGAAGAAAGGUUUCGCUUUGUUUUGGAAUUUACCUCUCAACUCUUGUAUUUAUUUGAAUCCCAAGAUCCUCUGUUUUUUUUACUACCAUACUUUAAAAAAGUAUUUACUUUUUUUUAUAGGAUAUUUUAACUUUUUAAAAACGUUUUUACGGAUUUAACUCGUGAAGUAAUCUUGUAUUGAAUCCUGUGAGGACCCAGUUUAACCUCCGUGGUUUAUUUGAGUGACAUUGUGGGGGAUCUGUAACCUUGCUGUGGGGGAUGGGCGCAUGUGCUUCUCUAACUCUUAUCUGGUUGUUUCUUUAACUUUUUACAGAUCUUUAAAGAUUCGGUCUUUCUGUGGUUUUCGUAGUUGUGGAUUAACAAUUCGUGUAAAGCCUUAAAGGCCAGGUAUAGUACUUGUAUUUCCAAACUCGGCCUAGAUUAAUCUUCGUGUGGUUAAAUUGAGAUCAUUGUGUUUAAUGGUCAAAUUUUUUGGACCGAAGGAAUUAGAAGUUUGUUAAAAUGAGUUAUGAGUUCAGUUGAGAAAAGUGCUUCGUCAUUCAGCUGGUUUUGGUCUUGUGAGCGUGUUACUGGGGCCUUUUGUGUGGAAGGAGUUUACUGCGUCGUCAUUGUGGAUCCAGUUGAAUUUGUUAGCUUUAUUCUUGAGUAACGUGUGUUCGAAGCCUCGUGUGUUUUCUUCUGUUUGCAGCAGCAGAGAAUGCGACUCGUCUACAUGCGAUAAUGUUUAUCAUAAUGUUUUACUCGACUUAUUUCAUAUAAUUCGGUUGUAACACAAACAUGGCGGCGAUGUUGCGGUCGUUCUGGUGAGUGGGGAGAGGCUCUCGGCUGUUCAGGGAUACGCGUGACCCAGCGGAAGAACCAAUCAGCUCGUUAGUAUUCGCGCUGGAAGCCCGCGUUAGAUCAGUAUUGUCCAAUCAUCGUCGUCGCCUUGCACACGUUGACGUAAUGUUGUGCGAGGAGGAGGGGGGCAACUUCCAUUUUGUACAGGACCCAAAGCGGAGCUAAUCACAGGCCAUGUUUCUGUCGGGCAGGACACGCUCAACCAAUAGCAUUGGCCCCUUCUCUUGACUGACAGCUGAAACUUGCGAAUAGGUGGGCCCGAAAGGCUGUCAGUGUAACUCCAGCGUCCAGGGGCGUGGCGACUUUGAUAAGCACCUGGAGCAGCCAAUAGGGAGGCGGAGGGCGUUACCAUGUCGGUGCAGUGUGUCCAAUGGGGUGAACGAUGAGUCUAUAAAGAAACGGGUGUAAGCGCAGCGUCGCCAUUUCAACGAAGCAAACCGGGAGGUGUUCGCAGUGGCGGGGAGCGGAGAGAGCCGACGAGCAGAGACGGGUCCUGGUUUCAGUCUAAACAAUCCGGAUCCAUCCGGACGGAUAUGGCCGCUAACCCGCUGCUUGACAGCUCCCACAUCGGGCUUGAUGUUGGCAUAAUGGGAAUCUCACAGAUGGACCAGGGUUCUGGCGCAGCAGGAAAACGCAUCCGAAAACCUUCACUGCUCUACGAGGGCUUUGAGAGUCCAGGGAUGCCCACCAUCAGUCAGAUGUCCCAAUCGGGACCCCCUCAACCGCUGGUGAAAGACCCCAACCGGGAGGGAAAGAUGACGAACCAACUUCAGUUCCUGCAGAAAGUCCUGCUCAAGUCCUUGUGGAGGCACCACUUUGCCUGGCCCUUCCACGAACCUGUAGACGCAGCUAAGCUCAGCCUGCCUGACUAUCACAAGAUCAUCAAAACCCCCAUGGACAUGGGCAGCAUUAAAAGGAGAUUGGAAAAUAAUUACUACCGCAGUGCCAGUGAGUGCAUGCAGGACUUCAACACCAUGUUUACCAACUGCUACAUUUAUAACAAGCCUACAGAUGACAUAGUGCUGAUGGCUCAGUCCCUGGAGAAGGCAUUCCUACAGAAAGUUGCUCAGAUGCCACAGGAUGAGUUGGAGCUUCCCUCAGCGCCUCUACGGGGCAAACCAGUCAAACCUGGCAAAAAGGGCAGAGGAAAUCCAGUCUCUGGAGGAGUGACAACAGCUCAUCAGGUCCCAGCUGUCUCCCAGUCAGCGUACUCGCCUCCCACCCCAGAAACACCCGACUCCAUUCUCUCCACCCCCCCACAAACACUUGUGAGCAAGAGCUUGCCCUCUGUGCUUCCAACUGAACAAAGUAUCCCCACCAUUACAAGUCUGCCUCCCACACAGCCCACUGCUAAGAAAAAAGGUGUGAAGAGGAAAGCAGACACAACCACUCCAACUACUGUAGCCAUGCCUAUCAUGAGCACAAUGGGUGUCAGUGGCAUCAGCCUGGGGAUGGGCGAUGGGCACAACUCGCCACUCACCCUGACUUCUCUUGAGGUGGACCAUAACUCCAGCCUGGGGAUGAACCAAGGCCUCAGCAUCAGCCAGGGAAUGGGGAUGGGAUUGGGGAUGAGUAUGGCCAUGGGUAUGGGCCGUGGAACAGUGAUGAUGGGUUCCAAAGCAUCAGCAAACAGCAGGAGAGGAGUAAGCGGCCGUCCCAUCAAACCUCCCAAGAAGGAUUUACCUGAUUCCAUACUGCCGCCACCUGUGCGCCGCAGCAAGCUGAGCCCUCAGCUACGCUACUGCAGCGGGGUCUUGAAGGAUCUUCUGUCCAAGAAGCAUGCAGCGUACGCCUGGCCGUUCUAUAAGCCCGUCGAUGCCUCAACACUCGGCCUCCACGACUACCACGAUAUAAUCAAACAGCCCAUGGACCUCAGCACCAUCAAGCUCAAGAUGGACGGCAGAGACUAUCGUGAUGCGCAGCAGUUCUCUGCAGACGUCAGACUGAUGUUCUCUAACUGCUACAAGUACAACCCCCCUGAUCAUGACGUGGUGGCCAUGGCCAGAAAACUCCAGGAUGUUUUCGAAUUCUGCUUUGCAAAGAUGCCAGACGAGCCUCCAGCACCACCGAGCUCCUCGUCCUCCUCCUCUUCUUCCUCUUCCUCAUCUGAGAGUGAGCCGAGCAGUGAGAGUGAGGAGAGCGAGAGCAGCCCCAGCUCUGACUCUGAGGAGGAGAGGGCAAACCGGCUGGCGGAACUGCAAGAGCAGCUGAAAGCCGUGCACGAGCAGCUCACUGCACUCUCCCAGGGCCCCAUCGUCAAACCUAAGAAAAAGAAAGACAAGAAAGACAAGAAAAAAAAGAAGAAGACUGUAGAAAAGGAGAAGCAUCGGAGGAUAGAGGAGGAAGAGCUGCCGCCGGUCAGGCCUCCAAAAACACCCAAAAUUACCAAAACCCCAAAAUCGAAAAGCAAAAGCGCUGUGGCCUGUCCGGUUAUCCCGAUCAAGAAGGCCCCGAGCAAGAAAAACAACAAGAGCAAAGCCAAGAAGAGCCGCAUGAUGUUUAACCUGCCUCAGCCGGUCCAUGAACCCAUAGUGAGUCACUUUGACUCUGACGAAGAGGAGGAGACGGCGCCCAUGUCGUAUGAUGAGAAGCGUCAGCUCAGCCUGGACAUCAACAAGCUGCCUGGCGAGAAGCUGGGCCGCGUGGUUUACAUCAUCCAGUCCCGAGAGCCCUCGCUCAGAGACACCAACCCAGAGGAGAUUGAGAUCGACUUUGAGACGCUGAAGCCCUCAACGCUGCGAGAGCUGGAGAGAUAUGUCAUGACGUGUCUGAGGAAGAAACCUCGAAAGCCAUAUGCAAGUAAACAGAACAUGGCUGGCAAGUCCCGGGAAGAGCUCACUCUGGAGAAGCAGCAGGAGCUGGAGAGAAGGUUGAUGGACGUCAGCGGGCAGCUCAACUCUGGAAAGAAGCCUGCCAAGAGCAAACCAGAGAAACCUGCGACAGAUACCAACACCCAGCCGUCACGUCUCAGCGCCAGCAGCUCCUCCUCGGACUCCUCUUCAUCAUCCUCUUCCUCCUCAUCCUCAGACACAAGCGAAUCCGACUCCGGCUGAGAAGCGGCAGGUUUUCCACGUCAAAGGGGUCACGUGAAGGACCCUUAUUGUCUCGCUUACAAACCGAGUGGACUGAGCUGUAGUAGAUCCACCGAUGAUGGAGCCGCAGGGCGGUUCGGACGGAACCGGCACGAGACAGAACUGGUCCAACUCCUCAACGAGGGUCCAACCUAGACGGAGAGGGGCGGGGCUCUCACUGCGCUCGGCUCAUUCAUCCAGACCUGGACAGAAAACUUUGAGGGUUGAUGAAUGGAUGGAUCGUAGGAGACUCUUAGAAACCUCCUGCCGCUCUCUGGCCUCGUUGUGUAGAGGGAGAAAUCUCCUGCAAGCAAAGGAGAAGAGCGGCGGAUGCUUUGGAGGGAUAAAGGUGCUAGAGCCAGAAUCUGUCUUAUUUCUGGAGAUAAUUUCCCUUCUUACCGAGCUCCCUGUCCUAAUGCUGUAUAGAUGAGAUGUACAGUUAUAUAAAAAUCUAUUUUUCUUUUAUAAAGAAGCAUUUUAAUGAGCUAAUUUAUUCCCUCAUUCUGGGAAAGAUGUACUGGCGUGGGGCGGAGUUGUGGUUUGUUUAGUUUUUUGGGGGGUAAACAAAGAGGGGAAGUGUGCGUGCGUGUGUGUGAGAGAGAGAAUGAGUCAUGUAUGUGUUUGCAUGCACAUGCGUGAGUGUGUGACCCGGCACCACGAGUGCAGCCUUGUGAAAUCCCUCGUAGUUUUGACGCAGGCGUUGAAAACCGGUCUGCACGCAGAAGCACCUUGGUUCAGCAGAAAACAGAAUGCAUGCAAUACAGAGGAGCUGACAAACACCUGCAUACUUAUGUACUACUUUACUGCAUCCUAGUGUACUCAUGUACUCGUUUAAAGGGUUGGCCACUGUACAGAAAUGUGACAUAACGCAUCAGUUUGUAUGUUAAUAUUUCUGUUCUCAUGUUGGCUGUUUUUUUUUUCAUCCCCUUUUUCAAUUUCUCUGUAAACGUGUUGCUUUUUCUCUCUCUGUGACCAAUCUGCUAAUAAAUGGUGAGGACGUGUCUUGUCCACUCACCCGUUCCGAAAUAACUUCCUGGUUCUUCUGAUUUCUUCUGCUGUUUGAUUUUGGCCAGACUUCAGUUCCAAUAAGUUAUGAGGAAAAAGCUUUUCUUUAUGUUUGUUGAUAUUUUAAUCAUUAGUUGAAGCAUUGUGGUUCUGGCUUGAUUUUUCUCCAUGAGCCACCUGCUCUCAACGCCACAGUGUCGCUAAAGUAAAAGUAAACAGCAGCUCCUGAAUCAGCAGAGUUUUAUUAAAGAGUCACUUUACCAAGAUGGUGAGAUUCCUUUCUUCUGCAGAUGAUAAACAACAAAGAAAGUAAGGUUGCUGGUGGAAACAUGAUAGUGUGUUUUAUUAAUUAUUGGAUCCAGUAGGUAAAAUAAAGUUGUUUUCAUGUUGUGACUAAUAAAUAUACACUGUUGGUUUUGGUGGAAAUACUAAAGUGAUUUAGGUUAGGUGUUUUUUUCCCCUUUCCUUUUGACAUUGUCUGGAUUGAUUUUGAUUAUUUAUCUUAGGAGAAAUUUGUACAGAUUCAUUUUCUUUUUCAUAAUUCUGAAAGUUAUCAAAAGCUUUUAAGUUAAAGUCUGAAAUAUGAAACAAGUCAGUUGAACUGUGGGGAUUGUAGAAGUGUAAAUAUUUUACAGUCUCAAACCUUAAGCAUGUUUUUCUUUCCUCUUCAGUAACUUAGUUCAGUUAUUACUUUGGUUUCUCUUCUGAGACUAAAAUACUCCAGUUGUCUCAUUUUUUUGCAGUUUGUCAGAAAGCUUCGUGUCUCUCACUUCAUCUGAACAUCUGUACAGAAAUAAACAGAAGUUUGUCUUUUCA